GGGCUGACUGGAAGAAUUUAAACUCAGGUCUAUUCCCACAGUUGGUGAUAGGGAGGCCUGGGGACACACACUCCUGUACACUAGGUGGCAGUAUUAACCUUUUAAGAGGUUUGCAAUUCGCCAAUAACAGAGAGAAGAAGAAGCAGGAAGUUGGGGUUUUAAAGAUGGCGCCGGUUCUCUCCACUGCUCGGCUCAUGUUUUUCCCGCGUGUUUUCCCCGCCGUUAUUACCAGAGCACCGGUGAGGGUGUGAUGAGGAUCCGGUUACCGAGCAGAGUCACCGGAUGCCUCGCGCUCACCGGACGGUGUUAUGGCUGCUGGUCGCGUGCAGCUCCGCGUUCCUGCUGUUCCAGCUAUACUACUUCCGGAACUUCAGCAAGUAUCAUAACCCUCUCCUGCAGCCGGGCCCUCACAUCCUGAGCCGCACGGGUCACCUGACGGCGAGCGACGUCCAAUGGCAGACGGUGAAGACGUUCCUGGCGUUAGCACGGCGCUUCGGGCUGCCGCUGUUCCUCGCCGACACUGCCGCGCUCACGCUGCUCUCACAUGAUGCUUUGCGGCAGCGUGACCAGCUGGUGCGCGAGCCGCAUUGCAGCUUCCUGUGCACCGGCCGGCCAAUCACAGCCUUCGCUUUGCACGCCAACCUUUGGAAGUACGAGGCCGGCUUCCUAUUGGCUGCUGAGCAGAAAGGCUUUGAGGUGAUGGAGCUGCGCGGAGACGACCCGCGAUUGGCCAGUCUGGACACGCUGUCAGGAAACCAGAUCCCCCUCCACUUCCUGCUCCGCCUCCACAGUUACAUCAUCCAGGUGGUGUUCCUGUACGAGCGCAGUGGGAACUACCUGUGGCAUGGAGCGCUACGCCUGAAAUCCGACAUGGACCGAAGCUUCGCUCCCUUCAAACUGCUCGACUACGGACGCCAUGCCGGAGCUUACAACCGGCCGGAACUCGUCCUUACGGUCCUGGACGGCCUCGACGUCCGAGUCCCCCGAAACGUUUCCCGUUUUCUCUCGGAACAGAAGCACGCUCGCUUCUUGGAGUGCCGACACCGAGACGCACGCAACUUCCUGCAGCUGUAUCCGGACGACUCCUCUCCUGAGGCGGUGGAUUUUCGGCGGAAAGUGAAGUCGUUGCUUCAUUUGGCAGCUCGGACACUCGCUCCCCUCAACAUCCCAUUCUGGCUGAGCAGCGGCACCUGCCUGGGCUGGUUCAGGCAGUGCAGUGUGAUCUCGUACAGCCGGGACGUCGAUAUCGGUAUUUUUAUCGCAGACUUCCGGUCGGACAUCAUCGCAGCGUUCAGGAAUGCCGGGCUGUCGCUCAAACACAAGUUUGGAAAGGUGGAGGACAGUCUGGAACUUUCCUUUCUGAGUGAAGACGUCAAACUGGACAUUUUCUUUUUCUAUGAGGACGGAGACACUGUGUGGAACGGAGGAACGCAGGCGAGGAGCGGCAGGAAGUUCAAGUACAGCUUCCCCCCGUUCUCUCUGUGCUGGGCAGAGCUUCUGGAGCUGAAAGUUCGUGUUCCCUGUGAAACUCUCGACUACGUGACGGCGAACUAUGGCGCCAUGUGGAGCGUCCCGGUGAGGAGCUGGGACUGGAAGUCGUCGCCUAGCAACGUGCAGCAAAACGGGGUGUGGCCUGUAUCGGAGUGGGCGGAGCUUAUCCAAGUUUAUUAGAACUACAAAUAAAGAGGAAAACUGAUGUUUUUUAUUCUGAACGCUUCCUGCAGAGGACCCCACCUGCUGCUGCAUCAUCUUCAUAUGAAUACAGGGAUAUCAUUCAUUGAUACCUGAGAGCAGACCUUCCUCUGGUAUGAUAGGACAGCAUGUCGAUUAUAAAUAACAUUCACAUGUACAGAGUGCAUUUUCAAAAGCUUAAUUUCUGUAUGUCUUCCUGUGCAACGCUAUCACAAUAAACAGGAUAUGGUGAAAAAAAUGUGCAAAUAUUAGGUGAAGCAAAGACCAAAAGAGAGUUGGAAAUGAGGUGAUCAGAUAUUAAGAAAACCCCUGUGUUCAUGCUCUCAUCGUCAUGUGUUCACGAGCACCUCUGUCAGAUCCUGGUUAAGCUUCACCGGACCAACAAGGUCAUUUGUUUGUGCUAAAUUAUUUUUUAUGAUUCAGUAAAACCUCAUCAUCACUUCCAAAAAAACACUUCAGUUUUUUAUUUUUAUAAUUUACUUUUUAUUUCAGCCCCACCUCAGUUCAUCAUCACUUCAGUUUCAGGUCCACCUUACCAUUCUGUUUGUGUUAAAUUAUAUUUCAUAAUUAAAAUAAAGUCUCAUCACCAGUU